UGCAAAACAGCCCGAGUAUCCGGAAAUUAACAAUCCCGUGAUGUUAGGGGAGCGCUAGCAUAGCAGUGGAAUGAGUAGAGCGCCUUUCUCGAUUAAAACUUACCCAGAGGUCAGUUUUAGCGAACUGUUUGCUUUCAUUGUCGUCGACAGACAUGGCGUUACCGGGGACGACGGCUGUCGAAGGACGCCUGUCCACGCACGGACCUUGAGGAUGAAGAUUAACGGGAUGCCAUUCAGUUAGCUACUCUGGACCCCGAUUAUGUGCCACAGAAGCUAGCAGGCUAGUUAAUACGCUGUGGCAAAGUAUUUACGGGCUGCUGCUCGGUGUGGAAACGGAGAAAUAUGGCGGGGUUGGUGUUGAAGCAGCUGUCAGAUUUCGGGGACUUUUCUCACGGUAAAGAGCUGACAGAGAUACUCAGUCUGAAUAACAACGAGCAGAUAAACAGUGUUCGCAUGAGCCCAGAUGGACGUCACAUCCAUGUCGUCCUCCGCAAGCCUAAGGUCAGUCUUGUGACUUUUGACAAGUAUGAAAGACCCCAGCUGGCUCCUAACCAGAAGAAACUGGAUUUGUGCGUAAACGUGCCCAUCGUGGAUAUUUUCUAUCUGGAGCAUCACGGCGGCAGCAGCAGCAGCGGUGCAGCAGUCGUGGCAGUGGUUUAUGAAAGUGGGAAAGUUGAGUUUUGGAAGUUCCAGGAGUGCAAGUCUGGCUGGCAUCUCCUGCAGACAUCACAGUUGUGCAACAGUCCCCGGGCUAAAGUGGUAUCUGUCUGUGCUUGCUCUAAUCUUAUCAUCUGGUGCGAGGAGCGGCCGCCGUCAGAAAGCUCCCCUGUCCUCAGCGCCACAAGGAAUAUGUUGAGAUACUGUGUUUGCAGACGUGACUUUGAGGUGAACGAGACGGCUGUCAGCUUGGGAGGGGUGAAAAUCGCCCUCCACAAUAAUCCUGACUUUACUGUGGUCAGCUCAGGGGAAUAUGUGCACCUUCUUCCUGACUUGAAGUCGAAGCCGCUGUUGAACAUCUCCAAAUUCUUCCUCUCCUGGUCCCCUCGCUAUGACUCCUUUACAGUCAGCACCACAUGUAAAAACACCCCCCUUAAAAAGCUUUCAGCUAAAGAGUCCGACUUUAUGAAGCUGGUAAUCAAUUGCUUAGGAUAUUUGUCUCCUCUUGAGCCACCUGAGAUCUGCAGCUUCUCACCCACAGCCUGUGGAGGCCUCCUCCUGCUGCUCAGCACAGGCUGGCUCUGUCUCCUGCAGAAAGACGGGGUCCUGCGGCAAGUAUACAAACUAGAAGACAACUGUUUGGUAAAUUACAGCACUCACACUAGCCUUGGUAUGUAUGAGGACACCCUGGCACUAAUUAUGGGGCAAAACCUGCAUCUGAUAGACUUGAACUGUGGCAGAGAGCUGGAAAAGAUUGUGCUGAUGGGUGAAGCAUUAUUAUAUACAAACAGGGCAGAUAUGUGUACACCUCACCUACUCUCAGAAACUGGACUUUUUGUAGUGGUGAGCAGGGGGACGGACUCCAGAGACUGCAACUUCAGAAUAAAGUCUCCUGGUUUCAGUACAGUGGAGAGUAUUCAUCCUGGAGCCCUCCUGGUAGAAGCUGUCUUUGAAGAGGCCUGUAAAUACUACCAGCAGAGGAGCCUGAGCAGCACCCCGCUCACCGUGGACUCGCUGAAGAAAGGGGGGAGAUUCCAGGCUCCCAUCUCUUUAGCCUCCAUCCUCUUCAGCUACCUCAGCGCAGGCUUCAAGCAAAAGGGAGCACAGCUGUCCCAGAAUGGAGGAGGUGGAUGUAUCACAGGGCAAGACAAGCUAAUGGGUUCUCUUGAGGCCGAGCUCAAGGCUCUGGUUUCGCUGGAGGAAGUGAAGGGGACUUUAGUGAGGGGUAGUGUUAAAGAGGUGGAGGCAAUGUGUGAGAGUCUAGUUGAGAAAGAAGUAUUGAGGCUUCUGUCGUCUCCUGAGCUGGAUAAAGAGGCUCUGCUGUACCUCAACUCCAUCUUCAGCAUCUUUCCCUCCGAGGGUUGGAAGGCGGCGCAGUCUGCUCUGCAGCUACACUACAACGGUGAAGGAUUUCUGUCCAGCAGAGCUCCCCCUGAUGUAUGGAAAACUGUUCUCAGUGCUGGUCUGUCAUCCAGCCCUGUAGCCUCCCUGUCAUUAACCAAUGGGGGACCAAAACACAAUCGCAGCCUUAAGGUCGAUUACUUUACAAACUGUAAAGGAAAAUCUACAACCACCACUUCCUCAGCUGCCUUGCCUGUGUUUGAGCUCCUCUGCAGGUCAGUUUUUCAUUUCCAGCCCAGCUGGCUGCCCAGAUUCCUCGAGCUCGCCCAGAAGGAGCAGGGCUCAACGGGGUUGGGUCUGGGCCUGGCGGCUUCCUCUUGGAGUUUUUCUAGUGGGAGAGGAGGGGACUGCAAUGAAAGCAACGUGCCACUAUAUAAACGAGCACUGUACCUUCUGUCCAGCUUAAACCCAGACAGAGACCAGCAGCAGGACCUAGAGGUGGAGCUGCUGCUGGUGAGUGGGAGACCCAACGCAAUCCUACAGGCUCUGCGGAUCCUCAUGAGCAAGAAGCAGUGGUAUCGGGUCACCCAGGUGGCCCAGAAGUGCUGUAAACAGAGUCCGCUGCUCAACAAGGAGAUUUUCACUAUUUUGUUGUGCGAGGUGGCCCAUCACAGAGACCUGGAUCCCUACCUGGACUUGCUGUGGACACUUUGCCCUGAGGAUUUCACCGUCACCACCAUCCUGAACAUGGUCCUGAAAAACCUCCCCUCUCCCAACACUCCCUCCCACUCCUCGUCUUUCCUGGCGUCCAGUUCAACCUCUUCUACUCCUCCUUUCACAGACCCCCACAGUACUCAGGUGACUGUUGGGCUAUUGAAACCACUGCUGAGAAAAGUGUUGCAGAGGGAGACCAAGCCUAGCCAGCGCUACGUGGACAUCCUCCAGUCACCGUCAUUCCCCCCUCCUGCACUGCCUCGCCAGCCCACUGAGCAGAGCAGCAGUGUCACAGACCCCAUUGCAGACUCUGAUCUGUGCAACAACAUCACCCCAGCUCUUCUUGCAGAAACCCCUGAACAGCAGACCUGCACACAAACAGCUAUUCAAAGGCAGAGGGUGGCUCUACCUGCUAACACAGUUUGAAGAAGAAUGAAUGAAUAACAAAACUGUCUUUAUACUCCCUUCAACACAUAAUCUGACCGAAGUGUAAAUCAGUGUGAUGACAAUCAUAUUAUAAAACAGAAUAAUAUGUAAUAAUAUAUAAUAAGAUCGUAUUUCUUGUUUUGUUUUGUUUUUAAACUGUUGAAAUGUGACUACUAGAAAAUAUUAAAUGACUACUGAAGAUCCUACCAGUGUAAUAACUGCAGGUAAAUUUAAGUGUUUAAAUGGGGAUGCACAGAUCUGAUGGAUCGGGCAUCUGUGGCAAAGAUUUCAGAUCAGUGUAUAUCUCAGUUUAUUUCUGUGCGCAUGAACAUUUUGCUCUAAGGAGCUUAUUGCGGUCAAUACGGUUAACGUCUUCUUCACUUGGCCUGUCUGUCUCCUUCGCCACACAAGAGCAGAGGAGAGAAAAUGCAGUGGAGACUUUGACGUGAAGCUGAAAUGAAACAGCUGCACAUAAAUUAGUUGUAUACAAUAUUAAAAUACUUCUUUUUUUUUUUUCUUUUUUUUUAAAGAUAUUUAUGUUUAUUCAGCUUAGUUUCCUAGAUGGCAGGAGUCCCUGUUUUUAUGUCUCAUUUCAGUAACUGAGUUGUUUAUUUGCUUCAUGUUACUUUACAUAUAAGUAAAUGAAUCCUCUGCGUGACAAGUGCAGCUUAAUAAUUUAUUGUCGAUACUCUGUAUCUGCAGAUAUCUCAAAGAAAAGUCGGAUCGGUGCAUCCCUACUCUUUAUGUGUAUAAACUGUAUCUACAGUGUUAUUUAUCUUUUCAGCCUUAACUGCACGUCGAUGAGAAUGUUCUUGCAUUGCGUAACUUUAACCUGUAUAGGAAUCCUAUCAAAGGGUAGCAGUAUUAACACAAUAUAGUAUGUAAGUGCUCAGUGAAACAGAGCCGGUUAUUCCUGAACCAAAAUGGCAUCUGCCUCUGCCUUUAUGCUCCACCCCCCUCUCAGCUUCAAACUGAUUAAGUCCUGAAUGCGGAUGUUCUUGUAUUAUAUCAGAACAGCAAAAACAAAAGCCACUAACUCCUGUUGCUGGGUUUUAUACAAAGGUGUGUUCCCUUUUUUAAAAAUAGAUGUUGGCUAAUUAUAGCCGAGUAUAGCUUCCUUUUACUUGCUCAAGUGCAUUUAUGCAGUGAGUAAUCUAAUAGUCUGAAUUCAGACAAGCUGACCUUUGUGGGUUGUUUUAAGCUAGGUAAGGUUUGGCAGAGCAGGGAAGAAGGAAUGAGAUCAGGGUUUCUUUUACUGGCUUUUGGUUUCACAUUUAUGCUGAUGGCUUCUGUUUGGUUUUAAGUGACUCAAAUAGUGUAAUAUCUGCAAACCAAAACAAUCUACGUGACUUUCUUUUGCUUCCAUUUUUCCAUUCCUGUCAUCUUUUUUGGGGGGGGGGGUCACUCUAGGCUCCAUCUUGUCUCCUCUGCUCCCUCUCAGCCGACUCCUUGGACAUACCAAACAGAGUACCCAGUAAAAGCAACUCACAGUUCAACUUUAAAUUCAAUUUUAGCAGUAAUUCUGUUAAAAUUCAAGUGCUUGUGGGACAGAUUGUGACUCACACAGGCACCCUGCUGCUUGCAUAAGGUCAUGCAUGUCCUCCUUUAUGAACCCGGUGAGGGUAAUGUUAUUAGAGAUGAUAGCCCCUCGGUCUUAUCGCCACUGCUGGUUAUGCUCUGUCACCAGCUGCACUUUUAUAUGACAACAGUCAGUAUUGGUUGUGCCUCUGCUUUGGGGGGUUUUCUGAUUAAGUGCCAAAAACAAGUGUGUAUUUGUGUUCCUGUUGUGCUUAGUGCCUUCUGUUGGAGCAGCCUGUUAAGCUUGUUAUAGUCAAAGUUAAGUCUCUGUCCAUAAUAUUUCACUCUUCUGCCUAUUUAUUAUGUACCAAUCUUUGGAAGACUACUAAAAUGAUAAACCAAGGUCCUGUUUGGGUGAGGUUUUGAGAAAGUCAGACAGGUCUUAGGUAUUCAGUGACAAUCAGACUCUAAAUGCUGCAGAAAAACCUGCGUGCCUUUUACGGUGCUUCUUCGAAUUUACAGGGUAGUGUCAUAGCUCAGCUGUCUUUUCACUCUUAGUCAUAUUUUGAAGACGUACGCAUUUCUAAACUUUAAUCAGCUCUUGGUAUGAAAGGGCUACUGCCCCUAACCCCUAACAGCUUUCUGAUAUCUUUCUCAAGUCCAUUUAAUCAAGCGGCAGUCAUUCCAGGCCCUGCACACCUAACAGACGUGUUAAAGCGUGCACAGCUCAUCUAACAGAUAUGUUUCGACUCGUCUCAGAUUCAUUGGGAACUCCCUGACUUCCCCACAGAGGCCACUGAGCCUAACCGUCACGACUGUUUCUGAUGUUAAUAUUCACUCGCCUUAACCUUUGCUUCAAGUUGCUGUUGGCUCCUCCUGCACCGGCCUAACAAAAUUUCACAUCCACGUGACAACUUUGUACUUUCGGUGAUGCUAAUUUUUAGGCAGUAUUUGUUGAAGAACGCGUAAGUAUUUAUGAAAAGAUGCUGUAUGCUAUUAAACUGAAGAUAAAACACGA